AGCGCGUCGGGUCUCGUUGGGAUCAAGUGAACCGCGAAACAGUCCGAACUGUUUCGAGGCUCAGAACAAGUGCAAGAUUGUUGUGUCGUUCAUCCAGUUAAACUGCUGUCGCUGCUGCUUUGUUUUGUCGGUCUACCAAUUGUUUUUUUUUCGCCUACUUUAAUCACAGCAACUUCUUUCUUUGGCGAUGCGAACCCGCCAAACCGCGAACCCAUAAAACUGCCAACAACAAUAUCAACAAUACACACACACAUCAGUGUUAAACAAAACGAAUCAAAGAAGAAGAGAAGAGAGACAGAAAAAAAAGAGAAGAAACCUUUGCAUGAUCUAUGUGCCCUUGGCUCUCUGCAGUUGCUCUGGAUUGAAAUAGAGUGAAAGAAUCCGGUAUAAAUAACGUCGUGGGCGUAUAAAUAAAUAACUAACAACGAGAACAACCAGUCUCCAGAGAUAUCCCGUAGAAGAAUAUUCAGUCUUCAGCGUGUGUUUCGUUACUGCACUCCAUCGAUUGUUUUGCGUGAGCAUCAACGAUGGCCGUGAGUCGCAGCAGCUCCUGGUUCCACAGCUGGAAUCCACCGAAUCCGGUGCUUCCCGACACCUACUACAAGAUAGACCACAGCUUCAACGAGCCCGAAUCCACCGAGUGGAGACCGCUUCCAUGGGAGGAACAACAGCACCUGCAAAAAGGCAACCAGAAAACAGCAAAGCCACCUUCUAUUUUACCAUACCUGUUAUCAUUCGGAUUGCUGGCCGGGCUGCAUCCGGCUUCGAAUGCUCCUCGUCUGGGAAAGUUUCGGGAGAAUCGAGAACUGGAGAGGACGGGACCGUUCACCACUUGGUACGCGUGGAAGCAGCUGGACUUCGCGUUCCAAAGCGAGGAGCAGCGGGAGGCGGCCAUAGAAAACGGCAACUUCAUACCGGAAAACAAUCUGCCACUGGGUAUCGAGGUGUACGGUGACAGGCUUUUCGUGAGCAUGCCCAAGUGGAAAGACGGGGUGCCCAUCACGCUGGGAGUUCUGCCCAAAUAUCCGUUGGACACCGAAGCCAGGAUUGAGCCAUAUCCGAACUGGGAUUUCCAUAAUACAAACGACUGCGAUGGUCUUACCUCUGUGUACCGGAUGGAGGCCGACGAGUGCGGACGUCUCUGGGUGAUAGACUCGGGUCAGAUCGAGGUGACCAUCAAGCCGAAGCAGGUCUGCCCGCCGCAGAUCCACAUCUUCGACCUGGAGACGGAUAAGUUGCUGCUCAGGUACGAUCUACCUGAGGAAUUCAUCAAGCAGGACUCGCUCUACUCUAACAUCAAGGUGGAUGUGCGGAAGGGACGAUGCGAGGACGCCUACGCGUACGUGACGGACGUCUGGCGUUUCGGUCUGGUCACGUUCAGUCUGCGAGAGAUGCGCAGCUGGAGGAUCACCGAUCACCUCUUCUAUCCGGACCCGUUGGCCGCUGCCUACAAGUUGGACGAUUUGGAAUUCGAAUGGACGGACGGCAUCUUCGGGAUGGCUCUCAGUCCGGUGCUGAACGGCGAUCGCAUCCUCUACUUCAAUCCGAUGUCCAGCUUCAGGGAAUUCUAUGUGCGGACGUCCGUCGUGCAGAACGAGACGGGCUGGAACGACGUGAAGGACGCCUUCAAGGUGCUGGGACAGAGCAGGGGGAAGUCGGGACACGCGUCCGCCUCGGCGAUGGACAGAAACGGUAUCUUGAUCUAUAAUCAGGUGACGAGGAAUUCGAUCGGUUGUUGGGAUAGUCGAAAACCUUACCUGCGCCAAAAUCUGGGAGUCCUCGCCAACGACAACGACACGCUGAUCUUUCCCAACGACAUGAAGAUCGAUCAGGAGAGAAAACAGAAUGUCUGGGUGAUCACCAACAAGUUGCCUUUCUAUCUCUACAAGAAACUGGAUCCAUCAGAGAUCAACUUCCGGAUCAUGUCUGCCAACAUCAACGAGGCCAUCAAAGGAACCGUCUGUGAUCCCAAAACGUUCGGUAGUCAACAUCCCUUCGACGAAGAACUAGAUUGCUACUAGCUUAUUUCAAAGUCGACAUCGCAUCGUGAACUGCUGUCGGCUUCACGCACACUCAUUGUACAUUAUCCCUGCCCCUAAGAAAAUAGAGUAAAUCAUUUUUUAUAUGCAUGUAAACUAAAUAUAAUUAAAUUAUAUUACUGUUAUUUAAGUGCUU